AUGUUGUUCGUAAACCGCAAGUUUCGCAUCAAGGAGUCAUUUUUUGUGAGAUUCCUGCUCCUGAAGGACUUAAAGUCAGUUGUGAAGGAGAGACACAUUUUGUUCAUUCAGGAUGUGAAGAAGGUGCAAGAAGAUGCCAAUUACAAACUCCAAGAACUGCGCCAAGAUAUGGAGAAAGAGAUUGCAAAUGUUCGUACUGAAUUUGCAUCUUUGAAUCAAAAGGUGGAUAUCAUGUGCGAUCCUGUUACUAAAUUCGCAAAGUUGUACGAAAGUUUGAGUCCUCAAAUUACUCAAAUUUCUAUUACUGAGAAUAAAAAUUUCAUUAGGUAUUUUCAAUGCUAA